UUUUUAUUUUUUCAAUAGUAUGGCAAUCCUUAAUAGGAACGUCAUCGUUGUAGUGUAUUUCAAUAUACGGCAUAUACAAUUCGAUUGCAAAAUUUUUGCUAGACGACAGUAAUUUUUAUUAUAAUUUUGGAAUGGUGUUACAAUUGCUAGAAAGAAGACAAACGUUUGUAUUUUUUCCAGUUGCACAUAUAUUUGCUUCAGUAGCCAAAAGAUUUAUCUGUCAAUCCUAUCUCCGAAUCGCAACACGCGCUCAUCAUACCAAUUCCCCCAUGGAUAAAGUAUAUUUCCGUAAUGAUUCUCAUAGUGAGGAGCUCCAUAUAAAUUUCCGUUAUGUUAAUGCUGAUUUAAAAUUGGAUCGUGAGUUUAAUUUUUGUCGCCGAAUGAGUGAAAAAGUUGAAGAUGCUUUAACGCGAAUACGAGGGAAUAUUGAAAAAGAAAUCUUUAAGAAGGCAAAGAAGACCAAGAAUAAAAGUCUACCUCAAGAGUCAGAACUUUCACCGAAACCGUUAGUAGACGGUAAGAUUGAAUUGCUUCGUGGUGAACACAAAUUGGCUGACAUAACUUUCAUCGACAUACUGGGUGAUACUACGGACAGCCUAAAUCUAAGAAUUUUAGAUCGCAACUUUCAGGUUGUGAUAAAUCAACCGUGGGUAGUAAAUUUAGUUAUGCCUACUAUUAUAUUAGCAGGAUUUACGGUCUACCCUAGUAAAUUAGAAAUGCAGUUCGCUGAGAGAAGUUAUUGUAAAGGUUCUUGGUUUAAGGCGAAAAUGCCAGCUUCUGGCAACUUGAAACAAGUGAAAAAGUGGUUACAUUGUGGCGAUGGACUUUCAUAUAAUACCUGUAACGAAGACGUGGGUUAUUUCUUAAAGUUAGUAUUGAUACCUGGCAACAGUCAAGGCCAGUUUGGCCCCCUCGUAGAGCAAAUAUCUAAGGGAGAAGUACAGGUUGGUCCCGGACGUUGCCCUUUCGAAACGCGGCAUUGUUUUACAAAGCAGCGUUUAGGAGGCGAUAGUUUGCGUAUAGUUUCUUAUAAUGUUUUAGCAGAUUUGUAUGCAGACAGUGAUUAUUCGCGCACUCAUCUUUUCCCUUACUGCCCAGCAUAUGCUUUAAAAGCGGAUUAUCGCAAGCAGUUAAUUUUGAAGGAAAUCAUGGGUUAUAAUGCUGACAUAAUUUGCCUGCAGGAAGUUGAUGUAAAAUUUUUCAAUUUUGACUUGCAACCUAUACUAGAAGAUGAUGAACAAGCUUUCAAAGGUUUAUUGGCCCAGAAAGGCACUUGUGGCGAGGGAGUUGCGACAUUCUACAACGCUAAACGUUUCGAUUUGUUUGAGACGCGAAAUUUCAACAUCGGUGAAAAUAUUAAAGUUUUAACCGUCUUCCGGGGUUUGUGGCAAAAAAUACAAACAAAUGAGAAAUUAGCAGAGCGUAUAUGUGAUCGUUCAACGACAUUGCAAUUAACUUUAUUAAAAAUGAAAGAAUGUCAAUACUAUUUAUUGGUAGCUAAUACACAUCUGUAUUUUCAUCCUGAUGCAGAUCAUAUACGUCUUUUGCAAAUCGGUCUCUCUAUGCUUUACAUUGAAGAUAUGUAUAGAAAAUUGAUAAUUCAAUUGAAUUUAAACGAUGAAAAUCAGUUAGCUAUAGUAUUUUCCGGUGAUUUUAAUAGCGUUCCCGAGUGUGGUAUUUUCCGUUUAAUGACUGAAGGAUUUGUAGAGGAUGACUUCAUUGACUGGCGCAGUAACCCAGAAGAAGCUUUAACUGGUGUAUUUUUGAAACAACCAUUUCGCAUGCAAUCUGCUUGUGGUACCCCACAAUAUACAAACUUUACUCAUGCUUUUGCCGCUUGUUUGGAUUACAUAUUUUAUCAAAGCGACCGUUUGAGCGUAGAACAGAUUGUCCCUUUGCCUGGUCUUGAAGAAUUAAAAUCUCACAAGGCCAUACCGUCUGUGGUUUUUCCCUCCGAUCACGUAGCUUUGGUGGCUGAUUUGAGAUUUAAAUUAAUGUCGCAAAAUGCCAAGUAAAAGAAUAAUUUCAUAGUUUUGCAA